UUGGUUUUCCUCACCAGAGGUGCCCUCGCCCUUGCCCUCGCAGCGAAACGCCGGAGGAGGGGGAAACGUGCCGGUGCGCUUGUGCGUCUCCGUGAGCGCGGUCACCGCACACCGCUGCCGGGCAUAUUCCUCUCCAAUGUGCGCUCACUGUCCAACAAAAUUGAUGAACUCCAGCUGCUGAUGGGGAAACGCCGAGACUGCGCCACAUCGGCAGUUUUGUGUUUUACGGGGACGUGGUUAUGUGGAUCGAUACCGGACUCUGCGCUGCAGCUGGCAGGCUUCCAACUCUUCAGAGCGGAUCGUAACACGGAACUCUCCGGCAAGACUAAAGGUGGUGGAAUCUGCUUUUACACCAACAGUGGCUGGUGUAACGAUGUGACAGUGAUUCAGCAGCACUGCUCUCCUGAUCUGGAAACUUUUUUCAUCAACUGCAAACCCUUUUACUCGCCCCGUGAGUUCGCCUCAUUCAUUCUGGUCGGUGUUUACAUCCCACCGCAGGCCAACGUGCAGGACGCACAGCGCACGCUCGCCGACCAGAUACUGCGUGUGGAGCGGACAUUCCCGGACUCUUUAGUUAUUGUCCUCGGCGACUUUAACAAAGGUAACCUCACCCACGAACUCCCAAAAUACAGACAACUUAUAAAAUGUCCGACCAGAGAGGACAAUAUUUUGGAUCACUGUUACACCACUAUCAGUAACGCUUAUCACGCCGUCCCCCGCGCUGCACUGGGCCAAUCUGACCACGUCAUGGUCCAUCUGAUUCCUGCAUACAGACAGAAACUCAAACUCUGUAAACCAGCUGUGAGGACAUCAAAGCAGUGGAGCAGUGAGGCUGUGGAGGAUCUUAAGGCGUGUUUGGAGACUACUGACUGGGAUGUUUUCAGGACUGCCACCACCAGUCUGGAUGAGUACACAGAGACUGUGACUUCUUAUAUCAGUUUCUGUGAGGACUGCUGCAUACCAUCACGCACCAGGGUGAGCUACAACAAUGACAAACCCUGGUUCAGUCCUAAACUCAGACAGCUGAGGCUGCAGAAGGAAGAGGCAUUCAGGAGCGGGGACAGGGACAGGUUUAAGGAGUCAAAGUACAGGUUUAGCAAGGCGGUGAGGGACGCUAAACGGCUGUACUCUGAGAAUCUCAAAAAACAGUUCUCAGCCAACGACUCUGCAUCUGUCUGGAAGGGGCUCAGGCAGAUCACCAACUACAAACCUAAAUCCCCCCACUCUGUCAACGACCUGCGUCUGGCAAACGAGCUGAACGACUUCUACUGCAGAUUUGAAAGACAAUGGGACAGUCCUAACACCAACACCAUCCCCCGCCACCACCAGCCCCUGCCCUCCUGCACCCCCAUCCCCACCUCAGCGGGGGCCUGCCCCCACCCUCAACUGCCCACAUUGAAGGACCCCCUUCCGUCAACUACCAUGACUCUCUCCAUCCAGGAGAGGGACGUAUCCAACAUAAACGAGUGUCUGGAGGGCGACUUCUGCUUCCCCAGAGGAGAGUGUGUGAACACGCCGGGGUCCUACGAGUGUGUGUGUUCGCAGGGAUUCAGGCUGAGCAGCAACCGGACCUGGUGCCUCGGUGGGUCAGUGCUGAAGGGCAGUAAAAAGCUUUGUCUCUCAGUGCGAUCAGUUGGGAGGAUUCCAGGCGGCUACAUCACCAACCAUGUUUAUACCUGGGUGGACCCCCAAGGUAGAAGUGUGUCUCCUCCUCCUGAUCUGCCCGAACAUCGGAGUGCCACUCUGAGGAGAACUGACAGCCAGCGACGCAGCAACAUGCAGCUUCUACAGGACGGAGAUGAGAAGAAGCUGAACAUGUAUUUUAGCAAAAAAGCCUUCGGGCGCAGCAUAAUGAACAGCUGCUACAGCUCCCUAGUCCUGUUCUUCAUCCCAUGGGCUGCCAUGCGGGAUACCGUGAGGGAUGACGGCAAAGACAUUGCGGAUUUUCAGUCCUUUGCCCUGCUGGCGCAAACCUGUCUGCUUAUCGUGGUUAGCAUACAGUUGAGUCUGGACACCCAUUACUGGACAUCCCUGAAUCAGUUAUUUGUUUGGGGUAGCCUGGCCACGUACUUUGCCGUGAAGUUCACCAUGUACAGCAACGGCAUGUUUCUCAUCUUCACCUCUUCUUUUCCCUUUAUUGGCACAGCAAGAAACUCUUUGAACCAGCCAAAUGUGUGGUUGACCAUGUUCCUGACCACCCUCCUCUGCGUUCUGCCCGUGUUGGCGGUCCGCUUCAUGCUCCUGCUGAUCCGUCCCACCAUCAACGACAAGGUGAGAUACAAGAUGCGUGAAGAGGCUCUGCCGGCGCCGGCUCCUCGCCACCGCCGCCGGCCCCGGACCUUCAGCACCCGCCGCUCUGGCUACGCCUUCUCCCACUCCCAGGGCUACGGCGACCUGGUCACCUCCCGCAAGUUCCUGCUCAAGAGACCCGUCAGGAGCCAGCUGACCUUUUUCACACAAACCGACGGCCCUGUGGCCACGGAGCCCCAGCACUUCCGCACCAUAAGUGAAGAGCCGGAGCAGAACUCGGAGCGCUGCUAA